CCCCUUUUCAUUGCACACUAUACGCAUAGGAAACAGGGGGAUCUGCGCGAAAUGUACACUCGAAGUAACCUACGCAUUUGGUGCAGACAACGCACGGUCACCGGCAAGAAAUGGAGACUACAUGACUGAACGAAACGAACGAGGAUUACACUCGCCGUUUCAUCGUAGCAUCGUAUAAUAUAUGAUAAAAAUGGGUGACCAUGCGAUUGGAUUACGGUGCAUAACGAGAGCAUUAACCUCAAAACAAACUGAAAGGGGGAAUUAGACAAGUCCCUUUAAGAUGACACGCACAGAUCCACCUGACAUACUGGCAUCGACUGUAUAUCGAGACAUAAAAGUGAACCCCUCCUCCCGCACCGAGUCCCUCCACUCUUCUGAACAAUGUGAUUCCCAGAAAAUCGGCAAGCUGGAGGACAAUCAGGAGAAGAUCAACAAGAGGCACUGCCGCAGCUUCGACUACAUAGAGUCACUGGACGACCCCAAGUCCCACGCCUCCUCCUCCAUGGAGUACCCGUUGCGGCGGAGGUCAGAGAGGCAUGUGGCUAACCCAGAUGUGACCUGGACCGCCCUUGCCCAGCAGGGUCACCUGAGGUUCUCCUCGCCUGACUUGUUCAACACCCGGCUGGGCCCUCAGCACGUAGUCAGCGAGGUGGCCGGUGGUGAAGCCACCAGGCCUGAGCUCAAAAAGAAGGCCAGGUCCAAAAGCACCCCCAGAGUCAAGACCACUUUCACCCCUGUGCCUAUUGAGGUAUCCUCUCCUGUGCUGAGGAGAGGGCGGGAGGCCCAACGGGCAUCGCGGGAGACCUCCAAGAAGUCUGAGGCCUCACCGCGCCGAGAGCCUCCUGUCUACGUGUCUAGCCGGGGACCGUUGAUGAACGAGGUACACCCCAUCAAGCUGCAGCCACAACGGGCAGAAUCCAACUGCUACUCGCCCCUCUACGUCACCGACUGCUUUGACCAGAGCAGGCCAGAUAGGCAGCAGCAGCCAGCCACCAGCCCCCACGUCAAAUGUCGGGUAGACAUCAAGCCAGACGCGGCGGUGCUGCAGCACACGGCUAGGAGGGUCAGUCCGGCAGUGCUCUGGCAACGGCACCACGGCAUGAGUGCCCCCCGGCAGAUCUCCACCUCCAGAACACCGACACCCAGCGAAUGCUACAGUGGGGAUUUCAGGCAAGCAUACCAGUACGCCAGCAGCAUGCCCAACAGCUACACCCAGCCUGUGGAGAUACCGCUGCAGGGGAUGCCCUCCCCAAGGGAGUACCGUGGUCGGGAAAGAAGGGCCUUCUCCAUCCCCAAUGUGCCGACUAAGUUCUUUUACACGGACGACCCUGGCAGGUACCCUUCCCCGGCUACGGUUUCCGGAACAUACUAUUCGGAUGAUCAGUACAGCAUCCACAGUCAGAACCACACCCCCAAGGCAGCGUAUGCCCACGACCCCAGGACUCGCAUGUUUCACACCCUCCCCGUCCGGCCAUACUACUCUGAAAUAGAGCCCCGCCAGUUCCCAACCCAGUCUGCGUACCCCAGACCUUACUCCACCAGUGAACCAGGGACCUAUAUCAUCCAGACCCCACCUGCUAGGGCAUACUACAGGGAGGACCCCAGGACAUACCCAGUCCAGGCAAUCCCAUCUAAGAUAUUCUACACGAAUGAGUCCUUCACUCCACCGCCACAACCACUAGAGCAUCACGUUCCCCUGAGAGCUUACCACACUGAGGGUCGGCAACGCCCUCGGGUUUCCGAGGACUGGUAUGGCUCAGAUGUUUCAGGGUACACUUUCCACCACCCCUCCGCCCAGCUCACCCCUCAAAGAGUGAGAGGGGAGCCAGUGCUGACCCCCUGGUACACAAACCACUGCAUGGAGCCAGCCAGGCUGGGGGCAGAAGCUAGGCCCUACUCCAGGUCCUGGGAUAACAUUCUGAACCCACCGCAUGUGGAACAGCAGCAGCCUGUCCAACGUGGGCGAAGCUAUGAGAACCUCCUCUACCAGGGGAAGAGGGCGCAGUCCCCAGAGGCCCGUCGUCAGCCUGUGGUGGUGAACCUCUCCAGCUCACCCAGACGCUAUGCAGCCCUCUCCCUGUCGGAGACCUCCCUGCUGGAGAAAGGUGUGGGCACCGGAGGUGCUGGUGUGACUGAUGGUUUGAAGAACACCACAGGAAGGUUGUGGUUUGUCACUCCAGAGAUCACUAUCACUGACAACGACAUUCGCCCAGGCAAACUCAGUAAGGCAGAGGUCCGCUCAGGCAGCUGGGAUGCGCUGGACUCUGGCAGGGAUCCUUGUCCCGGUGUCAAAGAGCUGUGUUCCUACCCGGAGGAAACCGCCAAAGAGAAGACCCACAACAGCUACUCCCUACAGCAGAGCCUUGAGCAGCUAGAUGAGCUUCUGGCUGACCUGGUCAUUGACUACAAGCCUCCAUCGAGCAGGAGGCCUAGCGAGGACCUUCUGGACCAGCUCAAGAAGCUGAUCAAUGAGGACGAAGUGGACCCCUCCACUAAAAAAGAGGACAAUAGCCCAGAGGACCAGGGUCCCAUGAACAAGCAGCCUACGUCCAUAAAAAUAAGCCCAGAAACUCACCAGGAUCUGGACAGUGGCUGUGAUGGGGUACAAAAGAGCACAGAUGAGUGCUCACCAGACCAGAGCACAGAUGAGGAUGACACUAUGAUGUGUUCCAACAGCAAGUGCGGGAGAACGGAGACCCUGUUCAAUGCCUGCCUCUACUUCAAGUCCUGCCACAGCUGCUACACAUACUACUGUUCCCGCAACUGCAGGCGGGAGGACUGGGAUGUCCACAAGGAAAGCUGCCUGUACGGUCGCGUGGGCAGCAUGUGCCGUCGUGUCAUCAAGUUCUGCCGGGAGACGGGGGAAAUCCACAAGGCGUUCUCCCGCAUUGCCAAGGUGGGCUACCUCUCCCGGGGGAGAGGGGUCCUCUUCCUGGGGUUCCCCAACCCAGGGUCAUCUGAAAACUUCCUGCAGUAUGGUCUGGAGAGCCUUCUCAUGGCCCCCACCUACUUGUCACUGCGGGAGUUGGAUGGCUUCAAGGACAACCUGGGGAGCUAUUGCAAGGAGCUCCAAGAGGCUGGAGAUGAAUACGACCCCAGCGAAUGUUUCCUCCUGAAUGUAUCUAUCGCCGUGGGUGAACAAGUGCCUGACCGACCCUCACCUAGGGUCCAAGCCCCAACUGUGAGGAAGUACGCUAAGGUGUCCCUAGCCUCCACCAGCCCAGAGAGGAAGGUGCUGAAGAAAGAAAGUGACAUGGAGACACUGAUCCUCACCCCGCCCCCGGGGACAUCUGACAUAGACAAGGAGGGAGAAGAGGGUCGCAAGGCCCGGGAGAUCUGUUUCAUCAACAUCCAGCGGGAGCUACGGACCAGGGGGGUCUUCCUGCGCCAUGAGAACCCCCAAGUCUACCAGCAACUUGUAGAGUUUGUAGAGAGUAACAAGAGGUUCACACCUACCACCAUCUACCCCAUAGACAAGAGGACCGGGAAGCAGUUCAUGUGUAUGAUUAUGGCUGCUUCUGAGCCACGGACACUAGACUGGGUGGCUAACCCCCAUCUUCUAGAUGACAUUAUAUAAUCGACUGCACCUCUGAUGUCAUCCAUUGUAUGUGUAGCUAUAUGAAUAAUGUAUAUAGUUACGCAACAAGCAUAUUUACUAUUAAUGUUUGUAGAUAUGUAUUUUACUAUGAGAAAAAAAAGUUUUAUUAAUGUUUUCCAGCUGACAUUGUUCAUAAUAAUUCCAUUCAUUGUUGUUCAUCUUAGGGGAGUUACAUCUUUUUGUCUGUUGGAUUCAUUAAAGAAGAUGAGAUACACAUGCACACAUUUAGUCAACCAGGAUUGGUUCUUGACAUACACUUGGUCUUGUAAUUCGUAACCAUUUUCUUUUCACGUCAUCUUAUUUUUUCAAUUACAGUUGUCUUACAUUUGCAUUCUUGUGGUUUACUGCCAAUUUCAAUAUUCUGGGUUUAACAUUGUCUAAACCAAUCCUGCUCCUGGAGAUCUACCAUUCCACAAUGGAAUUAGUUAUACCAUUCAUUUCAACCCUUAUUCAGUACAGCUGAUUUGACUAACUGGCAGCUCAACAACAGAUCUCUAGCUUUUGAAUGAGAUGUGCUUUGUUAGGUUUGGAGUGAAAACCUACAGGCCAGUAGAUCUCCAGGAACAGGCUGGGCAGUUCUGGUCUAAACCAUAGGUCACUCGUUUGUGACAUUUCAGCUUCAUUGUCAAAUUUAUUUAAAUUGAACUAAGAGCAUGUCACCAAAUCCAUCCACUUCAUUCUACCUGCAUUAAGCAUUUUUUUCCCAGUCUUAAUUGCUUGCAGUGUCUUCUAGUCAUUUUCGAACAGUUUACAUAAAUGUUUAGUAUAAACAUUAUGCACAUGCUUUGUACUUUGAUGAUCAUUUUACAGUACUGGAACUGUAAAAUUUGUUUAUUUGUGCAUUAUUAUAUAAGAUAUUUAUAUUGAAAAGCAUUUUAAGUUAAAUAUUUUCAGGUAUACCACUGAGAUUUACCCACUGAGUUAGAUUCAAAAAUAUUUUCCAGGCUGGAAAAGUUCUGGUCAACUCCAAAAUAAAUUUCAGUAGUCUAAGGAAACACAGAUAUUCUGAUAAGCUGAAUCUGAGUCCUAGUAGUGUGAUUUAACCUAUUGACAAAUGUUCUGUUGGCAGUUGAUAUCUGGCUUUCAAUACACAUGAAGGAGCUGCAAACAAAAGAAAAUACUAGUAUGGUCUGUAUUCAUUUUAUCUAAGAUGUAGCUCAUACUGUACAAUUAGAAACCAAAUGUGCAGUUAAUUGUAAAAGUCAGUUUAUGUUCACCUCCAAAAAUUCAAACAGAAACAUUAGAGGACACACUUAAAAACAAACCGUGAAAUAAUUUAUAAUGGAUACUAUUUAAUAGAGAUUCUCUUGUAACUACCAGUGUUUGUCCUUAUAAUUCAUUAAUCUACUGUAUCAGAGUUUACCGCGAUUGCUGUGUGGUUCUGAAAGCUAACAUAGUUACAGUUGUAAAUGUGUGUUGUGGUCGGCUUGUUGCAAUGCCUCAAUAUGUUUCUAUUGUAAAAACACAGAUUGUGAAUUCUUUAACCAAAUCAACAAUGUAAAACUAGGAGUUUGUUAAUGUACAGCAUGUGAAUUAGUUACAGUUGCAGAUUUAGAAUUAUUACUAAUUUAUAAAAUCAGAUUGGAGAUGAAGAAGCCUUUCACCAUCCCUAAAAUGUGCCAUACAUUUCAGACAAAGAGAAUAAAUCUUCUGUCUUUCUUUUCCUCAACGAACAGUCUUGAAAGUACUGCACUGAUACAACAUAUUGGUACUCAGCUACAGGGAGGCACUUCAUCUGCAAACUCACAAGAACAAGAAGGCCUGGUGAAAAAAGGCCACAAUGUUUCAGUAUUCUUGAGAUGUUAUGCACUAGUUAUCUUUUUUUGAAACAUCCUUUCUUGUUAUAAUUUAUUUCUCCCUCCUUUGACACGGUUUAUGGCCUGUUAUCUGUUCACUGCUCUCCAGUGCUGGUGUUCAUUUUUGCUGUUAUUGCUUCGCCCAACCGUGUGCUGCAGUGGACUUUCUGUUUAACAAGGAGAUGCUAUGUGUGCGCGGAUGUGUGGGACUGUAUGUUAGUGUUUGAUUCCCUCAGACUCUUCUGCAAGCAGUUCAGAGGGAAUGAUUGAUUGAAUGCAUGCUAUCCAUAUUUUGGCCUUUUGUCAUGACAAUGAUAAUAAAUAUAAUAAAUAUAGACUGAUCUGCUUGAUAAUUUAAUAUUUUUUGAAAAAUAUACAAAUAAUAAAGUAUUUUGGUUGAGAAAAUAGUUCUAUAUUUAAUUCCACUAAAAUGUAAAUGAUGUCAUGCAUACUAAUGGAGGGUGAUAUUUUCAAAUUAUGAGUGAACAGCUCCUGUUGAAAUGAAAAAAAAAAACAAACAUGGGGAAGAUGUUCUUCAUUGUAUCGUUUUUAAAAUGUCAUCCUCUGUUUCACUGCAUACUAUUUAUAAACCAUAUUUAAUAAAUGAACUGGAAACACAAGACUGAA